AUGGACUGCACCAUCAACCUUCUGUUUGAGCAGAUGGAAGGGCCAAGUAUUUCUUGCAUCAAAUAUGAUAAAAAUAAAUUGUUAACACAGGGAGACAUUGAAUCAAUCCUAAAUAAAAUUAAUGAGAGAAGAAAUUUUAUAGCCUUAGGUUUAUCGAAGUAUCUACCGGGAGCGGCAAAUAUGAAAAAGCUGGUUUGGUCCGAUGAGCUAGCAAAUUUUGCUCAGCGAUGGGUAGAUCAAUGUGAUCCUUCAACACGUCCAGACAAAGAGGAUGAUUGUCGUAAUCUUGGGAAUAUUCAUGGAAAACCUGUUUAUGCCAUUGGAUACCCAGCAACGCAAUGUUCUGACAACUUGCUACCGGAUUCUUUGUAUAAGGGUCUUUGUACUUAUUCUUUUAAAAACAACGCGAUAAAGUUCACUUCGCAAUCUUCUCCAGUGAGUAGCUUACUAAGAAUUAUUGACUUCUCCAAUAGUACUGAUUGGCACAACAAGAGAACAAAUAACAUUAAUAUUAAAAGCGACAGAAAUUCAUCAAUUAUUUCGAACAAUACACAUGGCAAGAGUUUCCAAGCACAGUUUCAGCACAUACACAACCCAACAUGGACUUUGGUUUCAAAGAACCUCAUAGAAGGAAAGGACAUAUCCAACAUCACAGGCAGCUUGAGACUAAAACGGAAUGAUAAACAAUAUACAAAAAUUAAGCCUUUUUGGCAACUGGAUGACACUUUGGACAAUAAAAGACUUCAGCUAAAAGCCAAUCGGUACACAACCUUAUCAAAUAAAAUCGUAAAAAAAAAUAAGCAGACAACUUUAACGAAAAGAAAUGAACAUAUAACUGUGAAAUUGGUAAAUUAUGAACAUAAUAAUAAACCAUCCCCAAUUACCGAAAAGUACCUAUCGUUUAAUGAGCUAAUGCAACUUAGAAGAAUUAAUUUGGGCGGGGAUUAUGAUGCCAGACGGCAAGGCGCAAUAAAAAAUGAUACCACCGCAGCCAAAACCACGGUCGUUACCACAGCCACUACCACAGCCACUACCAUAGCCACUACCAUAGCUAGUACCACAGAAAUAACAACUAACACCCCUUUUAUGCGAAUAAAACAUUGUACACGCAAAGUUACUUGUACAUGGACAAUGACUAAAAUGACUGACUCUAAUGGUAGCAUUAUUGCUGAAAAUGGAAAUGUCAAUCGAGGUUCACGCACACCUCAAGGAUAUGUGGAUGGCUGCACGCGUACUUCCACGUGCACUAGAGAUUAUAUGGAUAGAAACAAAUUACAUUUUACUAAAGAAGAUAUUUCUGAACCCAAUGAAACAUCAGAAAUAGGAGAUGAUGAUUACUGUGAACGUCGAUCUCUUAAUAUACAACGUCGUAAUCCUCAAGAAGGAACAAUAUCUGGUUAUAACUAUUUAGCUAACUUAGAUGCAUCCAUGUCUUCCUUUCCUAGCGCUUCACAAAAAGAAAAUAUGAUAAAAGAGAAAAGUAACAGUGAUUGUCUAUGUUAUGACGUAAUAGAACGAAUGAAGAGAGACAAUAAUAUAAAUAGCAAAAUUUAUCAAUUAAAAUAUUUAAAUAAUGUUGGGAGAAAAGGUAGAAAAAAUAACUAUGAAAAUAUAUCUUAUGGCGAGCUUUACUAUAAAAUUCUAGAAAAAAUAAGGCACAUGUGGGAAAGAAACAUUAUAAAGCAUCAUCAACAGAAAUGUUUUUGUAAAGGAAGCAUCAUGAGUAAAAAUAAUAUUUUAUUGCUUUCUCUUAUUUUAUGUAUAACGUUUAUGCAAUAA